GCUGGCGAGGAGGGGGACGGACGGAGGCAGCACCUUGCUGUGUGUGUAUGUGUGAGUGUGUGUGUGAGAGAGAGAGCAUCCGUUCCGAUCUAUCAACGUGUGAGGAUGAACGGCGCCUAGUGCUGCUGCUCAGCGAGGAGAGGAUAGCGUUGGAGAGGGAGUGAAAAGUCCAGGACGCGGAGCGCUUGUGCACACACUCACCCCUCGGUCUCUUCUGUCCCUGCAAAGUGCUGUUUCACCCUUGUUUCGUCGUUUUGCCGUCUCUGCACCCCGUGGGUGCUUUGGAGAGCACCUGCACUGAGGCGCAAAGCUGACAUUCCUGAGGACUGCACCACUGAGACGCGUCUGGUUUUUGUCAGGAGAAAAGGUUCAGGAUGGUGCUCACUCAGUCUGCAGCUGGGCGGCAGAUCCUCUUUGCUCUGAUGCUGCUGCUCUAUUUAGGCUUGGGUGCAGCCUCCUCCAUAGUGAACAUGCGUAGGAUCACCCAUCCUACAGUGCAACAAACGCUUGCAGGCAAAGCUGUCCUCCCCUGUGUCUUCACCCUCCAAACCAGCUCCUCCAGUGAGCCUCCCCACCUCCUGUGGACUCGCAUCGGGGCACCAGCAAAAGGAGAGGGCGCUCCUCUGGAGCAGAUUGUGCUUUCUGCUAAAGGUGAUGUAAUCAAGGUGAAUAAGGCUUUCAGUGGCCGCGUCAUGCUGCCAGGAUACACUGCCAAUCCUCUGAAUGCUACCAUGGAGAUCUCCAGUCUCCGUACCAACGACUCAGGCACUUACCACUGUCAGGUUGUCAUGGGAAACGACUAUGAGAGAGACGCUGUGCCCCUGGUGGUCUCCGGUGUGGUGUUUCACUACCAGGCUCCCAGCACCCGAUACGCCCUCUCAUUUACCGAUGCCCAGAGGGCCUGCCAGGAAAACUCGGCUCAGAUGGCCACGCCGGCACAGCUGUGGGCAGCGUUCUAUGACGGCUUUGCCAGCUGUGCAGCCGGCUGGUUGGAUGAUCAGACUGUCCGCUAUUCUGUCCAGUUGCCAGAGCUUGGUUGCUAUGGACACAAGGAGUACUCAGCUGGAGUGAGGAAUUAUGGGAAGAGGGACCCGAAAGAGCUGUUUGAUGUGUACUGUUUUGCAAAAGAACUGGAUGGUGAAGUGUUUCACUCGUCAGUCCCAGGCAGGCUUUCUCUGUCCUCAGCCUCAGACCGCUGCGUCUCCCUCGGGGGACAGCUGGCCACAGUAGGGCAGCUUUAUUUGGCCUGGAAGACCGGCCUGGACAGCUGCGCGCCGGGCUGGUUGUCCGAUGGCAGCGUCCGCUACCCAGUGACUUGGCCUCGCCCGGAUUGUGGAGGGAGCCGGCCGGGAGUCCGCACCAUCACACCCAACAGCACUACUGACAACACCACAGCGCUGUAUGAUGCUUACUGCUACAGAGGUAAAGUGAAGAAUUCAGGCUCUAUCUCUCAGAUCUACACCUCCCUGUGGAAGCCCUGGAGCUACCUCACAGGCUCAAGUGAUGCAGACUCCGCGGGGACCGGCAGUCCUGACGUGACUACACAGCAAACUAACACUACCAGAGGGUCCUCAGGUGGCAGUGACGCUUCACCUUCAAACUGGACCGGCUUGGUUGACCUUGAAGAGGAGGCGUCCCUUCAAAGCACUGAUCCCUCCUCAGACCCCUGGUCCUCAGAGUCUUCAGGGUCAUUUGUGACCCUCCAGCUAAUCCCAGGACAAAUCCUCUCAGACUGGGGAGAGCCACUGGAGCCUGGGCCGGACUCAGAGGAGUUUCUUCGACCACCUGUCCACCCCACUCCUGCUGAAAAGAAGGUGAUCUCAAAGAUUGUCAAGUCCAUUUGGAAACCUUGGAACUACCUGGCAGGGGCUGAAGAUGAGGAAGAAACCCCAGCACCAAGUGAGCAGACAGAGGGAGUGGAGAAGGCCACGAAAAAGACAGAUGAGGGGUCAGAUCUAUCCAGUGCAUCAUCACCAGGUCUGUUUUCUUGGGGAAGUUCAUGGUUCAACGGUCCCUCGAGGGAAAACUCUAGUGAAGAAUCACCCACUCGUCUGGCAUCUACUCUGGCCGCCUCCAGAAGCUCUGUGACUACAGAGAGCACCAAGCGCUGGGAGACUUCAGAGACGUACACAUCCACCGCCUCCAGCUCUGCACCUGGAAUCACCUCAUCCAGUGGGGAGACUUGGGUCCGCGUUGAAUCGGAGACCACAACCCAGCCAGGUGAUAAGAGGGAGGAGACGGUGACCUCCAGAGGCAGCGGGAGAGGAGGCAGAGGAAGGGGGAAGAAGAACAGAGGGGAGGACAGGAGCAGAGGUGAGGAGAAGAGCAGAGGAGAGGACAAGGGGAAAGGAGAAGACGAGGGUAGUGGAGAAAUCACCGGCGCUGAAGCUAAAGGGGAAAUACAAGUUUCACGUCGACCAGUUGGAACGAGCAAACCGAGAGAAAGAUCCAGAGAAAGAUCUCGAGAGAGGGGUCACAGGAGGGGACAGUCCACCACUACCACGACCACCACUGCUACUACCAGUCCUCUGGAGCUCACAGUGAUGACCACAACUGGGUCGGAAGGCGCUGAGUUCUCCACCUCUGAAUCCUCGUCCACCACACCAGGAGGAACCCCAUCGCCAUCACCAGAUCCACACCAAUUCCUCACCUCAUCUGCAGCACCGUCGCAAUCUGCUACUACGUCGCCAUCGCCAUCCCCAUCUAAAUCCCUGUUUGAAUCUCCCUCCCCAUCCCCGUCCCUUCCAUCGCCCUCCUCACCAUCUUCACCCACUUCAUCACCUCCAUCCACCUCCCAAAGCCCGCCCCUCUCGACCUCACCAUCAUCACCCCACUCCCCAUUCCAAACUGCUGGAUCAGAAGCUCCACCUCCUCGCUCAGACAACCGGGACAGCUCCACUGACCUGCUGACAUCGCCUCACUGGGUCCCAGUGGAGAAAGCAGUUCUGAACAGCUCUCUGGAUUAUCCUCCAUUACUGUCGGGACCCUCAGAGGUGGAGGAGCCCGCUUGGUCUCACGCUGUGGGGUCAGGGGCCCUGUUACCUGGCAACAUGGAGGAGGAGAGCAAAGGAGGGGGAGUCAACAUCAGUACCAUGACAGACGAGGUAGAGCCCUGCGUGACAAACCCAUGUCUGCACGGAGGAAAGUGCCUUCCACAGGGAACGGGCUACAGCUGCUACUGCCCACAAGGAUACACUGGGGAGAACUGCGAGAUUGAUGUUGAUGACUGCCAGUCUGAGCCAUGUGAAAAUGGAGGCACUUGCAUCGACAAGAUUGAUUCAUUCCUCUGCCUUUGCCUGCCCAGCUAUGGAGGAGACACGUGUGAAAAAGACGUAGAAGGUUGCGAGCACGGUUGGAGGAAGUUCCACGGCCACUGUUACAGAUACUUCACCCACAGACACACCUGGGAGGACGCAGAGAAAGACUGCAGAGAGCACAGUGCCCACCUCAGUAGUGUCAUCUCAGCCACUGAGCAGGAGUUUAUCAAUGGUCUGGGUCAUGACAACGCUUGGAUCGGUCUAAAUGACCGCACAGUGGAGGAAGACUUUCAGUGGACUGACAGCAACGAUCUGGUAUAUGAGAACUGGAGAGAGAGCCAGCCAGAUAACUUCUUCGCAGGUGGAGAGGACUGUGUGGUGACCAUUGCCCAUGAGGACGGCAAGUGGAACGACGUGCCCUGCAACUACAACCUGCCCUACAUCUGCAAGAAAGGCACAGUGUUGUGUGGGACCCCGCCUGCAGUUGAGAAUGCCCAUUUGAUAGGCCGACGGAGAUCACACUAUGACAUCCAUGCAGUGGUGCGCUACCAGUGUGCCGAGGGCUUCUUUCAACGUCACAUCCCUACAGCUCGCUGCCGGGCCGACGGAAGCUGGGAGAGACCCCGGAUCAUCUGCACAAAGUCUCGGCGGUCACACCGAUACCGACGCCACCACCACAAUCAGCACAACGAACGCCGCGGCCACAGGAGACACGGAGGAGAGGGACACAAGGCCAGAGAGGACGCACACAGCUACUACUGAACCAAAUAAUAUAACAUCUGCAAAGCCUAGGUGCUAACCAUGGCCCAUAAAGAAAGACAGUAGUUCACAUCACCCCCAUUUCCUUUCCUGCUUCUACAGUUUAUCUCCAUAACCUCUAUCCCCAAGUUUGGGUGUUUUGAUGCUUGUUUUUGUUUUCCUGCUUCCUUUAACCGAGGUCCAUGCGAACACUAACUAUAACACUAACUCUUAUUAACGACCUCCCUCCCUAACAUCUCAGUACAGUAACUCCUCCUCCUGUAUAUGAACUAAAACCCUCCCUUGGUCUGUCACUCUGACAGCAGUGUGUGAGCGUGUGUGAGCGUAUACAUGUAAGAGAGAAACUUAGAAAAGUGCGGAGUCACUCUUUUUUUGCAAAGGUCUGCUUGUUCUACAUGAAAAAUGACUCUCAUCCUAGUUUCUGUUUACAAAGCACAGAUGUAAUUGAUGCAAGAUAGCGUUCAGUCCCUGGUGACCCCGAGCUUUUUGUAUGUGUACUGUAGCUGUUACUUUUUCCAUAGAGCAUCUGAAUAGCUAGUCUGCUUUAUUCUACUGACAUGCUUUUUUCUAAUAUUUGCUAUGUUUUUGUGUUAUGUUACUAUUUAUUAUGAAUUGUUUGCUAGUGAAUAUGCUUCUUUUUUACUUAUACUGCAGAGAGCCGACAUAACAUCAUUUUUCUAUACCAGUAUAUAAGUCCAACGAUGAACAAUAAACUAAAUUAAUCAUUUGAUUGCCUCUAAUCUCUGUAUUGUAAAUAUUGUGGUGUUUGUUAUUGGCUGAUCCCUGAUCAAUAGCUGGACCUUGUCUAAUCAAUUAGAUCCCCCAAUCCUCAUAGGCACUCUCAGCUAAUGAAUAUGUCCCGUCGACAUAGAUAGUGUGGAUGGGAUUAUACUUUCUGGAGAUAACCACUUGAUUGUAUCUGAAUUGCUAAACACUUUCAAUCUUUGCACGGCUAUAUUUACAUGAUGGGUAGAAUGUCACUUUUUUGUCUUUUGUCCCUUUGAUAUUUGAUCGGUCAUCCACUUUUUUGGUGUUCUUAUGACUUUUU